GUCAAGUCAACCGAAUAGCCAAUGGCAUCAGCAAUGCCAUCAACUACUACAACUACUACUCUCAGGCCACUGUUUAUCAGCCAACAAAGACCCACCAGAUUCUUCUUCGUAACAUCCGGAAUCAAAUUUCCCGAUAAAAAAUGGAUCGACAACAAAAACAAAAACAAUUACUACCACCAUAAGAAUGUUAGUGCUUAUCCUGGAUUCCCCGUUCUCACUUCUUGUAGCUCUUAUUCUCUUCAUUCUUUUCUUUCGCUUCGCUCUCCUUCUCUUCUUUCUCAUCCUUCUCUUUGCUUUCUGUUCCAAUCUCGUUCUCCUCCUCUUCGAUCUCCUUUCUCCUACAUGACCACGACUAAUCAAUCCUCUCCUGACCCUCCUCCUCAAUCACCCUCUACCAAAACGGUGAGGGUAGUGGUUAAGGGGAGGGUACAGGGGGUCUUUUAUAGGAACUGGACAGUGGAAAAUGCUACGCAAUUGGGGUUAAAAGGUUGGGUGAGGAACAGAAGGGAUGGUUCUGUGGAGGCUUUAUUCUCUGGGGAUUCUGAUAAGGUACAGGAAAUGGAGCAGAGGUGCCGCCGUGGCCCACAUGAUGCUAUGGUCACUGGCUUCCUGGUUUUCCCUUCCUCUGAUGAUCCUGGAAUUGGUUUCCAGCGCAAAGCAACUCUUUGAUGAGUACUUGCGGAGACAAUCAAUGGAGGAUUUCUGCUUCAGUAUGUAUAGUUCCUGCUCAAUAUGAAUUACAAUUUUAUAUCUUUUUAGAGAUAUGCACGGUGCAGUUCUGAAUUAUCAACUGCCUUGCUGAAUAACACAGUGACUUAUCAAGUUUAAGACAUUAGUCUUUUAAUAUGUUAUUUCCAUUU